GCCAUCAUGGAACAUGAUAUCAAUGAUAAACAACAUUGACUUGUAUGUGGCUUCAGAGCUUCUGAAAUGGUCCAAGGAGAGGAGUAAAGUUAGUUGUGGACUUGUGGUUGGAAAUUGUUUUCGUUCUUUAAAGACUGUCAACCCUUAGGACAGGGAUGCAUGAACCAUGUGCUCGGUUUAUGCUAUACGCCUAUACUAUAAAACUCUAAUACGUCAAGGCACUUGAAGGGUUUUUAGUUUUUAUGGACAUCUCUACAAUUGGAGCAUGUUUGAUUUUAAUUUCAAAAACUUUCUUGUGAUAGUGUAUAAGUAUGAAAUUUUUUGAAAACUUUUAUUUUAAAAUACAAUCAUGAAAUAAUAAGAAAAAAAUGAAGGACCAUUAAGUAACAUUAUACCAACUAAAAAAUAGAAGAGGUUGACAUUGCUAAGUGCAAACCACUAGCAACUUACUCAGUAACCUUUUAUACUCAUAUUUUUUUCACUUUCUUACUUUCUUUCCAUAGGCAUAAGUAGAACUGGCACACCCCUUAUGGAUACAACCUUUGGUCAUGACCUAGGACAAAGUAUGCCGAAGAAUCUUCCCCAUUUCUUACUUCUAAACGUUAUGAACAAAUCUUGAGCUCCUAUCUUGAACAAUUAGGAAGCAGAUUUGGUCCUAAUUCAUCCCGAGACCCUCUUUGUUCCCAAGGUUCAUGGUUUUCUCUUUCGAUUCGCUUCAAGGUAACCAUUGGUACUCUUUUUCUCUUGGUUAUCCUAUAGGAAAAGCUUACUCUUUUCUUCCGAGUUUCCUCUAGGCAACUUUUGGUCAUGAUGGUCAUCAAUCAUUUAAUUUUUCUUGAUAACUUAUUUUCAUCCAAUAUCACGCUUCAUAUAUUGUUUCACAUUAUCACUCACAUAUAACUUAACAUUCAUUUUUUUUUUAUUCAGGCCGGCCGGUACAGGGACGAAUGUACGUUAGAGGAAAGGGGAAAUUGCUGCCACUUGAUUUUCAAUGUUUAAUAGUGAUACAUUACAUUAUUGUAAUGUUCAAUAUUUAGUUGUAUAGAUUGACCCCAUGACUGUGUUUUCAUUAUGAAUGCAUUUACAAUGGUAUUCUAUGACCAUAAAAUUAAUGGAUCUAAUGACUACUAUAUACUAAUGGACGCGCAUCAUCAAGAUUCAGAGGCAAUUUUAUAAAAUUAGUGAGUAAAGAAAAUAACUUGUCGAUAUGUCAUAAUUCUGAAAAAUAGCACAUCAACUUUUUUGGGAGACCUAGUAUUGUCCAAGACCUUAGAUAUAGGAAUUAUGAACAACACAUGGUGGUCAACAAGUAUUGAAUCAUCCCCUAUUCCUUUGUUAGAGUUAAUGGUAUGAUAUCUAUCUUGAAACUAUACACUACACACAUGGAAGAAGGAGUUGCUCUGAAAUUUUCAAUUUUGAUAGCCAAGGAUUGUGGAUCAAUGUAAUGUUUUGAGAAGCUAUAUAUAUCUCAACCGAGUAGCAAACUAAUAAGCAUCUCAAACAUAUAUCUUAACAACUGUUGAUAUCUUUAUUAUUCGUCACAAUUUUGAAUAUAAGAUGGAAUCUGAGAAGAUGAGCUACAAUGCUGGAGUGACCAAGGGCCAAACUCAGGAAAAGGCAAGCCAGAUGAUGGACAAGGCUUCAGAGAAUGCUCAGUCUGCUAAAAACUCCAUGCAAGAGACUGGUCAGCAAAUCAAGGCCAAGGCACAAGGAGCAGCUGAUGCUGUGAAAGAUGCAAUGAACAAAAAUUAAGGCUUAAUAUUGGAUCAUGCAUUUUGCUGGAUUUGGCGUGCCUUGUUGAUUCAAAUUUAGAUAUUUAUGUGUCUUAUAAGUUAUUCUUAGGUUAUAUUCAUAAGUUGAUGUCAUUUCAUAGCAAAUGUAAUCAUUUUACUCAUAAAUCUAGUGAAAUCAAAUUCUUCAGGAAUAGGAGGUAUCAAAAUUCAAUUUUGAUAGGUGACAAUAUUGUUACAACGAAGAGCAAAGUUAAAUAAAAAUGAAUCAUGUAAUAUGUAAUCAAACCAUAUUCAAUAUAAUUAAAAGAUG